GAGAGAGCAAUCUUGACCACAUGUUGCACUCGGACGUCAUCUCUGCUUUGGUGCCCAAUGGUGACGUGGCAGCCGACUCUUACCAUCGCUACAAGGAGGACGUUAAGGCGGCACGUGACCUUAAGCUCCAAAUGUACCGCUUUUCGCUGUCUUGGCCUCGACUUCUACCAACUGGCCACAGGAGCAGCCUCAACCCAGACGGGAUCCGGUACUACACGGACCUCCUCAACGAACUCCAUAGUAGCGGCAUCAAACCCAUGGUGACCCUGGUUCACUUCGAUCAUCCUGUAGCACUUCAAAAAGAGUUUGGAGGAUGGGACGAUGACCGCAUGAUUGAUGCUUUUGUCGAGUAUGCAGAUAUUGCUUUCACGUAUUUUGGUGACAAGGUGCAGUAUUGGGUGACAUUCAACGAGCCUUACGUCUUCUGUGGAGCCGCUGGCCAGAUGGAAUUUCUGGCUAAGGCUAUCGUGGGCGUGGGGGUCGACCCGGAUGGUCCUGUGCUACCUUUCGGCAACCGUAAAACGGAACCGGGGGCUGACUACAACUGCCUGCACCGUAUGAUCCUUGCCCACGCCCGGGUCUACAGGCUCUACAAGGAGAAGUUCGCUAGCUCACAGAAAGGACGCAUUGGGAUCGUCAACAUCUCCUAUGCCGCGCGGCCCAACUCCACUCGGUACGAGGACGUAGCUGCCGCACGUCGCUACAACCUUUUUACGCUCGGCACAACGUUCGGACCGCUGGUUACUGGCCAGUACCCUGACGAGGUGCGCAAUGUGGUGGACGAGGCCAGUCGUCUGGAAGGGAGAGCUACGUCUCGACUGCCAGUGUUCACACCUGAGCAAAGCGCUCUAGUCAAUGGCACCAUCGACUUUUUGGGCGUCAACCAGUACAACGGCCAGGUUGUGGCAGAUACCAGGAGGCCGGAUUACGGAUCGCUGCAAACAGACGCAGCUGUAGACGUCUUAGUCAACAGUCUAACUGGACCACGAAAGGAUGUGGAAAAAACAUUCACUAAGAUGACACCGUGGAGUAUCAGAGAGGCUGUUUUAUGGCUCUGGGACGAGUAUCGUGUCCCUAUAUUUAUUACUGAGAACGGUUACGCUAAGGAAAACAAAGACAAGGAGGGCGCGCUAGACGACCACCUGCGGGCCGUGUACCACAGCGCAUACCUGAGGGAGUUAAUGUUCGCAAUCAACGAGGAGGGUGUUCACGUCAUUGGCUACUUAGCGUGGAGUCUCAUCGACCUUUACGAAUGGCUCAGUCAGUACAGAUACACGUUCGGCUUGGUGCACGUGGACUACGCCGGCGGCUCCCUGAACCGCACUCUCAAGAGGGAGUCAUCAGCGUUCUUCAUUGAGCUGGCUGAAACCCGCAAGGUUCCUGUUGUGCCAUCUGGCGGGCAGCGACUAUCUGCCCCUGCUGCUGUUGCAAUUGUAUCCGUCGCCGCUGUUCUCAUGUGGCCAUCUGUACUAUUCUAUGUCUAAAGAGGUGCUGCUGCAUGACUGUACUCAGUUCGCCGAGAACCUGACCCAACAACCCACCCCACGCUGCCAUUAUGUAUAUACAACCUAAUUAAGUAAUAAAAUAACACUAAUUUAAACAGUUGUGAAUCCCUUCGGUCUUUCCAGCAAAUAUUAUUAAUUUAAAAACAUUA